GUUUAUUUGAAACUGCAAAAAAGCACGAAUAUGUUUUGUUUCCGAACGAAAUCUGGGAAAGUAACGCUAGUUAAGAUAAAAAAUAUUGAAAAUGACUCUGCAGAGGAGCUACCAAUUAAAAUAGCACCUAGAAGAGAUGCAUAUGCUUCCGUGCCAAUACAAGCAAACGAAAGUUUAGAAUUGCGAACCUAUCCUAAGUCAGCUAGCGAUGAAGAGUCAAUGAGAAAAGCAUUAAAAGAUAAUGAAUUUUUAAAUAACAUGUUAUCGGAAGAAACUAUUGCAUUAAUAAUUGAUGCAAUGGAAUUAAAAACAGUUGGUGCAAAUGAAGUUAUCAUCAAACAAGGAGAAAAUGGAAAUGCCAUUUAUAUCUCAUCAAAAGGUUCAUUCGAGGUUUUGAUAAAUAAAAAGCAAUAUUCAAAAUUCAAUGAUAUAAGAGUUUUUGGAGAAUUAGCUUUAAUGUUCGAAAAAAAACGCUUGUCAACAAUAAAAUCCCUAACGGGAGGAGCAGUAUGGCAUUUAAAUAGAAACAUUUUUUUCACAAUAUUAGCCAGAAACAACAUUAGCAAAGACCAGGAACGGUUUAACUUUUUACAAACUGUAGAAAAAUUGAAAGACAUACAGCCUGCAACAUUGAGAAUUGUGGCCAAUUUACUGAAAGAUGAGUUUUUCAAAACUGGAGCUACAAUUAUUAGAGAAGGAGAUUCUGGUGAUCUUUUUUAUGUGAUAAAAGCUGGUUCUGUAACUGUAUUGAAAGAAAGUGAAGGUUUUGUGAAUAAACUAUCAAAAGGUGACUGUUUUGGGGAACUGGCAUUACAAAAUGAAGAUAUUAGACAAGCCAGUGUUACUGCAAAUGCUCCGGGUGUCCAAUGUCUCACACUAAACCGAAUCGAUUUUCAAAAUUAUUUCGGAAAUAUAAAAAUUACUGAAAUUCACGUAGAAAAACUGAAAUCUAUCAAUGAAACACAGCCAGAAUAUAUGGAUAUUCGCUUAAGUGAUUUAGUAAUUAUUGGAGCAAUGGGCAAGGGAGGAUUUGCUACUGUUAGUUUGGCGAGAGUGAAAAAGAAAAAACACCUAGUAUUUGCUCUAAAACGAAUGACCAAAAUUGAUAUUUUAUUGGAAGAAAAGCAACAACAUGCAAUAAACGAAAGAUAUAUUCAUUUAAACAGUAUCUCACCGUUUGUAGUCCGACUUUACAGGACAUACAGAAGCAAAAAAUACGUCUACUUUUUAAUGGAACCGUGUUUAGGUGGAGAUUUAUUUAAUCUUCUAGAUCAACAAAAAAAUAGGAAAUUUCAAAGAGACGAUGCCCAGUUUAUAAUUGCAUCUGUCCUAGAAGCCCUCUUCUAUCUCCACUCGAGAGGAAUCGUACAUAGAGAUUUGAAACCAGAAAAUGUGUUUAUUGCUAAUAAUGGAUAUUUCAAACUGGGUGAUUUUGGAUGUGCAAAGAAAUUAGAUCCAACUGGUGGAAAAACGAAUAGUUGUGUUGGUACUCCCGAGUAUACUAGUCCUGAAGUUAUUUUGGUUAGAGGGCACGAUAAAGCUGUCGACUACUGGGCAAUAGGAGUUUUAAUUUAUGAACUAUUAGCGGGAAAAACUCCGUUUCGUAGCAACACUGCCCUUAGAAUUUAUCAAAAAGUUUUAAGAGGAAUCAAUUCAACAAAUUUUCCUGUGGACUUUGAUGUUGAUGCUAAAAAGUUGAUAAUGAAAUUUUGCAUACUAAAUCCUUGGGAUAGAAUGGGAAUGUCCAGGGAUGCCAUUGAGAGGAUUAGAAAUGAUAAGUGGUUCAAAGGUAACUAAACUAUUAUUGGUAGGUGGUAUUUAUUUAUUUAUUUCCAAUUACAGAUUUCAAAUGGAAUGAUUUGGUUGAGUGCAAAAUAAAAUCAAGGUUUAAACCAAAUUUGAAAAGCAAUACGGAUUUGUCCAAUUUCCAAAAAAUACCAAAAGGUUAUUUCGAAGAUCCAGCUGAUGAAAUGUCAGGAUGGGAUAAAGAUUUCUAGGAACUUGAUUAUAUGAGUAUUUUGCGACUAUAAGAUAUAAAAAUAUCAGCUAAUAAAUAGGCAUAUUUAAAAAUAUCAACGGUUUGAAUAAGCUAGUUAAUAUUAUCAGAGUUUUUGUGAAAUUUGGACGAAUUCUUGUUAGGUUGAGAAAAGUACGAUUGCGCUUAGUUCACGAAUUAUUUUUUAGCUUAACAUGAGUUGAAAGUAAACUUGACCGUCAGUUUGAAAUAUUUCAGUUAUUCCAGGGCGAUCAGAAAGAUGUCAAUUCAUUGUACUUUUGAUCAUCGCAACCCAUUUCUUACUGAUGCGCUCAUGUGGCUUUUCGUGCAGUGCAAUAUCGAUAUCUAUUGCCAUAUUCCGACAAUCGCGAAUUGAACAAAAAUUAAACCAAAACUGUGGUAAUACGAAAUGACAAUAUCAAAAGUUGAGCAUCAACUUUGACGAUAACUUUACGACUAAACAGAGAAAAACGCCUUGUUCAACUGGACCUUCGUAUUGUGAUCUACCGUUCAAAACAUUAAAAACAGCUCUUAGUUCGAGCCCAAAUCUGAGCAAUCCACAAGAAAAAUUUGUCGCCAGUCGACCAAAUCCUGCACUGGGUAGUCUUAAAAGGAAACGUGUGGUUCUCAUGUUUCCAAACCAUCGAGAGAAUAUGGGAAAAUUCACAGAAAUACUAAAUGCAGAAAUGGUUGGUUUGCAGCAUGUGACAAUUUAAUUUGUGCUGAUGAGGUGAGGCUGAUCAUACUCUUUCGCCGGUUUACAACGUUAAUUUCUAAUCCGCUGGUAUCUUGGCCAACUUUAUUGGAUUUCGACUUGAAAUUGAAAAUGGAACAAAAUAACGUUGACCCCAAAUUAAAAUAUUUAUAUACGUUCAAAAUUUUAUUAUUUAGUCACCAAGCGUGAUGUCAUCUCCUAAAUCAAAUCAAUGAACUUGUUAAAAGCGAGGCCAAAGUAAUUAAAUAGGUGAUUUAUGGCCGCACGUGUUUUUCGGCUUUCUUUGUGUUGUCCUCACAUUCUUAAACCAAAUCUGUUGACCCCGAUAAACCAGGAAAUUGCGACAUAAUUAUUCGAUUUUAAAGAAAUAAAAGAGGAAGGUUAUUGAAUGAUGAAAUUAAGAAUUUUUGGGGGAACGAAACCUAUGAAUACAGCGGUUUUAGAAGUGGAGUACCAGUUAUCAGUUGAGUUGAGUUUAAGUUCAGUCCAGUUUGAGUUAAAGUCUACAGUACCUAAUGAGUCAGUCCGGAUAAAAAUUCGCGAGAGUUUCUUUUAUUUUUGCCUCGAGGAAAACGCGUUUGAUUGGAUCUUUGAAAAAGUAACGAAAAAUUGUGAAAAAAAGAACAUUUUAAUUCGUUCAACAUUAUGUGCGAGCUCUAGAGAUUUUUGAAGUAAAUUAAAUUAAGUAAUUUUACGUGUGAAAAGUUAAAUGUAAGUACUCUAGUGACUAGUAAAACUUUUUGACUUUAUAAAUCAUGAAUGAAUAUGAAGUGAAUUACCUUUGGAGCUUUAUUGCAUAAAUAUUAAUAACUCGAGUGUUUUGACUAUAGAAUAUUAUUGCAUAAAUUUAAUUGCCUUCGAGUAUAAUGGCAUUUUAAAUCAUUGUGCAGAGAAUUAACAAAGGAAAAUUAUAAUGCUCUUAGUAAUAUUUGAUUUUGAGUAGGAAUUAUUAAAGAAUUUUGAAUUGGAUUGUCCAAUUGAAGUUGAAGGGCUAUAGUAACGAACUAAUAAGAAUUUAAAUAAUUGUGUAUGUUGGCUAGGAAUUCGAAAAUAGUAAUUGUUCUGUUUAAAUUGAUCCUUAGUAAAAGAAUAAAUCAUUAAAUGUAAUGGGAAAUUUUGACAAGAAACUUGUUGUUCAUGAAAUGAGAUUGUUGACCUUAAGUGCUGAAAUUUUGAAUUAGGGUCUUUCCAUUUAGAAAUUAUUGUAAGGUUUCUAUAAAAAUAUAGUUGAUAAUACAUAUGUUCUUAAUUCAGUGAGUAGGAUUAUGAUUUAAAUAAUUAUUAUGCAUAAGCUGUCAGUAAAUGACUUAGGAGUUUUAAGAAUUUAUAGAUGUAGGUGAAGGGUAGUUUUAAUAGGAAUGUGAAUCGGAAGUGUUGUUAAAAAGAGUAAAUGUAAAAACGUAGAAGUUAUUAAGAAUAGAAGAAGUAGGGCGUUAUUUUUUUUGUAUGGAUAUUUCCUGGUCCGUAGUAAUGAAAUUUGAAUGGAUGUGAAAUAAUUUGAGUUGAGGGAAAAAUAGAAGUGGCUGUCAGAAUAGAAAAAUACUUGCUUAUUUAAAUUUUUGCUUUUAAGUAUAAUAAAAUAUAAUUUAGUAAACCUUGAU